AUGUUUCCUCUGUGGCAUCACCACAUCACGCUCAUCCUUGUUGUUACUGCUUUCCCUGAGACGCAGCUGGUCGGAGGGCACUUUCAGGCUCAAUUCCGAGGUUCGUCCCAUCUUAAAUCAAUUCCACCUAUUUGGAUCCAUCCCACUUCAGUCAAUCGUCUUGAACAGUACCUCUGUCCCACGAUCAGAUCACUUUCGCCAUCGUUGUCGUUCUCGCGAUGUGCCCGUCCUUCGUUUGUCCUGGUGCCUUCUUCCGUCCACUCUUUCAACAAUCAAGCUAGUCGUCGCAGCAGGCUGUAUCGUACAUUGUUCGGUGACGGCAGACUCAAUCGCUUGAUGGCCGCAUCAGACGGCUGCAGUACCCGAUCUGCAGGAAUACACAUGCCCGAAGCUUCCAAAAUCUCUAAUCCGAUUCGAACACUUCCUCGUCGACAAUUGACUCUAAUUGGCGUAACUGUCUGUCUUAAUAUCCUGCUCUGGAGUUCUAUUUUCGUUCUCAUCACUUCUUUUUAUGUUAUUGCAUCUGAUCCUACUGAUACCACCAAUAUACCCACGCAUGUAUUGACUUUGCUUUCAUCUGUUGGAUCUAUUGGCUAUGUGGUACUCCAUACAGUCUUUUCUCUCAAGCAACGAAUAUGGAGACACCAAAAGCGUCACCCUUCUAUCACGAAGAUGACAUCAUAUGUCGCUGUUCGAGUUGCUGUCUCGAUAACCAUCUUGUGGCUCUUGACCUCAGGAUGGAACAUGAUCACCGUCGCCCGACAGCCAAUCUGUUUACCUGCUCGACCUGGCUUAGAGGGGUGGGAAGCUGGAGGGACCUGCGUAGUUAGCCGUGUUGCUUUUGCAGUAACUUUCAUUGCGUUGCGACCGUUCGAAGCUCAUGUGUUCAAAAGCGCCUAUCUUCAAUCCACUGAGUAUGACUCUUCACCUGCACUGGGCCGCCGCUCGUCGGCUUCUCGCAGCACGUCAUUCGGGUCGGGCAGGUAUGGCUACAACCACAUACCGGCCUCUAUCCAUAGAAGCAGUCCUUCAAACGUCUCCAACGCCGAUGUAGAGACUCUGGAUCUAAACUCCAGCACUCCACCGCCGUCUAUGAUCCACGCUCCUGCACCUAUCCGAUCUAUCGGUCUAGGAAUCUUCACCUCACAAGCACAACCGCCACCGCUACCCGCCGCAUACGUACCGUCCCGCAAAGCGUCUCCUUUCGAAAACGAACCCCCUAUAUUCCAGCCAUCUGCAUCUUACCAUCAUCUACCGCAACCACCACGGAUGACAACCUUAGUAACGCCCUCAGGCUUCGUACCCCUCUCAGUACCAAUGCAGUAUCCUGCAUCAGCAUGGCGCGCCGUACAUCCAAUGUACCCAUCACCACUAGGCCAAAACACAGGCUCACAAGCAGCCGCGCAUUCGCACACCGCACCCGGCCGCAACUUCUCCUACCGCUCCGGCUACUCCCGCUCCUCCAUCUCCCUCACGCGUCCCCACCGCCUCAGCACCGCGACUCCCCCCGGCGGCAGCGGCACCUGGAGCUCUCGCAGCUGUUCCAGCGGCCCAGGCGACGACGGCCGCAGCAGCCCGCUCUCAGGCGGCGCCUCGCGCAGCACAAGUGGCACCCGCCAAGCCAGCUCCGACGACAUCGCCUACGCCAUCCUGAACGGGACUGCCAUUCCUGGCCUCGACGUCCCCAGGGUGCCGUACGUGGCAGAGCACAGCCGUAGCGCGAGCGCGCCGGACGCAACGUGUGGCGCGCAGGAGGACGGGGAGGCAGCAGGCGAGCGCAAGGCGAAGGGGUGGAAACCGUCCACGGGCGGCGGCCGGUAUAAGCAGAGCAGCAGUGAUCAGUCGAGAGAUACGUCGGCUUCGACGGACAGGUCGUUCUAUCAUUCGCUUUUCCCGCGCUCAAGCUCUGCGGAUCUGUUUGGUAGGCCCACGGCGGAUAGCGGUCUUGCCAAUGUUGCCAAUGGUGUCAAUCGUGAUGCUGAAAAGGAGUCGGAGAUCGGGCUGAGGAUUGCGAGGACCAUCAAGGAGAUGCCGUUCAGGAAGAGCAGAUCAGCGACGUCACUCAGACCGCCGCAGUACCCUACAGCUCCGAGCAGCAGCUCUGCUGCCGCUGCGACUGCAGAGAGACAAGCACCACCGCCGGUGAUCAGCAGGAUGCCUCAACGGCCCAGGAUCCAGAAGAAGACGGUGGACGUCUGGGGAGGGGCAGCUGCAGUGGUGGACCCUGAUCUGCACAAGAUGACCACCCUGGAUAAGCUGAAGAAUAAACCUCUCCCGGCGGUCAGAGGCGCCUAGGCUGGGAAAGCUUGUCGUAACCAUUCCAUUCUACAACGACGUUUUUGGUCGCUUUUGUUUCUUUUGUAUUCCACUUUGUUCUGACAUCCCAAUUGGGAUUGUGCGAUAUGGUGCACAGUCCCGUGAUUCUGCAUUAUUUUCCGUAUCAUCGGAGGCGUUGGUGAUUAUCUUUACGCAAUCUGCUGGGUGAUCCAUAAGCACAUCACCGCAGUAUUCGCUUUCUUACAUUCUACAAUACUCUCGACCAGUACCUUCAUUCGAAGGUCCGGCGCAUAUCGAAUUAUUUCAUUUGUCUCA